UGAGAGCCAACACCCUUCUUCUUUUAGUUUACUUGAAAAAGCCUUAGUGGCCCUGGCAACAGAGCAGUAACAAUCCUCACAACAUGACACUAGGCAUUCGUGCGGCGGCAAUCUCGUACCUUCUCAGCCUGGUCUUUGUAAUGAUUAUAAGAAACGACACAGUUGAGAUUGACCCUGGCGCAAAAUCCUUAGAGGGACUUCUCAUUUGUACGAGAGUUUCUUACUCGAUUAUCAAUAGCCCCAGUCUUACUUUGCAAAGUAACGUUUACAACGGUGGCAGGUUUUCUGUUUCAAGUACUGACGAAUUGGGGGCUUCGGUGCUCAUGACAGGGCGUCGCUUUGACAAUUAUGGAUUGAUUGUCUUCAAUUCACUGUGUGUCCAAGCAGAUUGUCUCUACGAUAUUGACGCUAAAGAAGCUUUUUUGAACAAUGGCACAAUGUUUUUUGGUUUCUUUGGGGCUUCUACCAAGUCGUCAAAUAUGUAUGUCACAUCUGUGGUGUCAUGGGAGAACACCGGUACGAUGAUUUUCAUGCAGUCACCUGGACUUUCUACCAGCUUGUUGAUCGGUGACUUUCAGCGCCUGACUAGAGAUUUUAGUAUCACCAACAAGGGAGUGAUUUGUUUUCGAAACCUUGUUUGGCUAGUAACCACACCCAUAGGGGGAGAUGGAUGUAUUAAUGUGGGGUCUGGCUCGAUAUUGGAGAUGCACUUUCCGGAUUUCUCUCCUAAACCAAAUCAGAUUAUCAACUUGGAUUCAUCGGACUCAGUAUUGCGGGCUCUGGGGCUUGAGGAAUUGCUGGAUGUAAUUCCGGUCAUCAAGAUCACCGGCCUAGGAGGGGGGAAUUCAAUUGAGAUAGAUCUUCCUUACGAAGAAAGUAUCUCAACUGGGUAUUGCACAACUACGGGAAGAUUAUCUCUUGGCAUUGCACACAAGAAUCGAGUGUUUUUUGAAGUUGGCCCAGGGUACAAUGUAAGUGAUUUUAAAACUCAAAAAACUCUAGUUGGUAAUAAGAUUACUGUUGAUGACCCUUCUCCCCACGAGCCCCCACUUGCUUGCAAGUGUGAUACCGACUUUUAUAGUGCCCCAGCAGCUAACUCUUCGCAAGUUCCCUCUAUCUGAUUUCUUGACAAAAGUUGAAGCUUCUGGCCUCUAGGCUAAAUAGCUGCCUGUAUUGCUAGCCUGUUUAUCGGAAUUACCAUCUGGAACUCAGUCGUUUCCAUAAAGUGCAGUGUUGUGCUGAGUAAAGACGAUAAAUAGUUUUUUAUUAGAUAAUAUGAAUUUGGCUUCUGAG